AUGCCAACAAAUGUGGGAGUUGUGCAUUCGAUUAUGCUCGUCGCUCACGUCGCCGAGUAUUUGUCUUUCGCUCUUUCCGUCGUUAUCAACGGCUUGUUGAUCUAUCUGAUCAAGACGAAGUCGCGGAAAGAAAUGGGCUCCUACAAGUAUCUGAUGAUGAGCUUCGCCCUCUUCGGCAUCUUCUACUCUACCAUUGACGUCCUUGUUCAACCGGUUCGCUAGAACUUUAUCUAGUCAGAAAAACAGUGAUGCAGUGGUUCGAAAAUUUUAAACUCACACAAAGAUCUUUCGAUUGAAAAAUAUAAAUCUUUUUUCCAUUAUCGAGCUUUCAAAAAAUGCGGAAAGUCUUGGUCAAGCUUGACGGUACUCGAACUGCAUUCUUUUAUUAAAAAAAACUUCUCUAGAUGAAUCACAAGCAAAUCGCGAGGGUACCAUAAUGUGUUGCGAGUAAACCUCUAAAAAGGAUCGCGUGUAUCCUGUGAAUCUCAGGCUGUAAUAUAUCCAUUGUGAGACCUUCAGAAUAUAUUUUAGCUCUAUCUGACUUAUAUACGAGGCCCUUGAGGGUUUUCCGCAAGUCUAUAACAUUUUGUUCAUAUUUGUCAGAGGUGAACUCGUGAUACCAUCGUUAGACUUCAGAGCCUUCGAUAUACCUCUGGGAUAUCGCGAUUCCUUUCACGAUUCGCUUGUGAUUAGAAUCGUAAACCAAGAAGGAAAAGUCCACGCAAAAAAAGAUUUUUUUUAAACUUCCAUUUUAUUGAAAUAAGGGGGAAAUGUUUUUUUUUGUUUUUUUUUCUGAAAAAAUCGGUUUUUCUGCAGUUGAUUCACGUGUAUGCCUCAACGUUCAGCGCCAUUAUGAUCCUGUCGACCUUCGGUUUCAACAAAAACAGCGCCGCAGUGAUUAUAUGUAUGUGAGCUUUGUUUUAUUUCUCAAAAAAAAAAUGUAUUAUUUGGCUCUCUACUCAGCCUGUUUCAAUAUGGCGUUGACUCUACUGGCCGUUCAUUUCGUUUAUCGAUAUUUCGCUGUUUGUUGGUACCUUUAUCCCGCGUUCCUCAGCAAAAAAAAAACUAUUUUUGAGGCCGCUCCGCUUACGAUAUUUCAAAGGUUUCCGGACUUUCCCUUGUUGGGCUUUUGUCGUAAUGGUUCUUGGUCUCGCCUGGGGUUUAACAACCUAUUUUGUAGCUAAUGAAAGUCCAGACAAAGAUGAAUUUUUGGCGUCAGUGAUAAGAAAGUACACAAUUUUCACUGCCUGUAGCGAUUUUCAGUGAGGAGUUUCUUAAGAACUACGAUUUGCGAAUUGAAGAGAUUUAUUACGUCGGUAGCUUCUAUUUUGUAAGUUAUAAUCUUUCUUAAUCUUCUAAAUUCUGUUGAACUGGAAUUUUUGAGACUUAUGACGAAGACGGUUAUCGUCGUUACAAGCUUUCGGCAUGUUUGGGAAUGCUCAAUUACACCUUUUUGAUGGUGAGUUCAAACUAAAUUGUUUUUUCGUUUCUAAUUAUUACUUUAGUCUGUGUCUUCAAGUAUCGUUUUCUACUGCGGCGUCAAAACCUAUCUGAAUAUGCGGAAAGAGCAAGAUAAUAAGACGAAAAAAAUGCGUAACCUUCAGGCUCAGCUCUUCAAAGUUCUCGUGUUACAGGUGACAGCCCAAACGUUUUUUUCCACAGAAAGAAGAAAAUUUCAAAGACAGUUACACCUGUUGUUCUGAUGUACAUUCCGUGUGGAUUCGUUUUCGCGGCUCCAUUAUUUGAGAUGGAAGUCGGUGCCUAUGCAAACUUUGUUCCCAUUUUUCUGGCCUUGUACCCAGUCAUAGACCCUCUCUACGUCAUCUAUUUCAUCCGUGACCACCGCGAAAGUGUGAAAAGUGAGAGAUUUUUGUCUACUCAAAAAUCCUUACUGAAGGUUUUGAAAGUGCGAAAGUUUUGAAUAACACGAAAUCAAAAUAGACUCUGCUUAUCUUUUAGAUAAUGUACAAAUUUAUUACAUACGCUUUCUGAACCUUUCAGGCUUCUAGCAAGAAACACGCUGAUAAAUUGUUCAGUAAAUUUCUACAAAAAGCGUUUUUUCAGAGUGGUUCAAUUUCUUCUCAAAGAUUCCAACAAGCGUAUCAAAUGUUAGUUAUUCAACUUCUAACUUUUUGAACUGAAGAGGCCCACGUAUGAAUCCCGAAUGACUCUUAUUGAGGUAUAAAUUCCCAUGGUCUUUUCGACUUUGAUAACUUUUUUCUGUUUUUAGAAGUUUUCUUUGCAAGAGGCCAGUCAAGGAGCACAUUUUUCAAGCAUUAAAAACUUUAUACACUGCGAGAAAACUCUAGAAGGUUUUCUUUUUAUUAGAAAUGAUCAUUUUAUUUGCUCUCCUAUGCUCAAAGAUUCUUUCAACAGUGAGAAAUAAAAAAAUUUCUUCAUUUCAAAUUUCUUUCUGGCUAGAAACUAUUUCUAGCUAGUACCUUCAACGUUGGUCGAGUUUAAAAAAAUUUUGAACAUAGAGGUAUUUAUCGAUAGAUCUUUCUUAGUUUUUACAGGCUCAUUGAACUUUCCUGUUAUUCGUAACCAACUGAGAUUUCUGCGAACUUCAGCCGUUAUCUUCGCGAAGAAAACUAGAAACUGAAAAAAAAAUGCAGAUUUUGCAACAAAUGGUUCUGUUUCGCGAUCAGAAGCGAUUCUCAGAAAUUCCAGAAAUACAUUAUUCUUUUUUCUUGCAGCUAAUAAAGAGAACUUUUCCUAUUGCUCCUCGUAAAACUCGGCUGAUUAUAAGAAACCAAUAAACCUCGACAGGGAAAAAAUAGGUUGCGUGUGAGACGCUCUUAAAACAAGCCAGUAAAAAUAGGGAACCUGGGCGAGUCGAAAAUGCGGCGACUGCCAAGAAGUGCCGAAAUGGCCCACGGAGCCGAGUACGUCGGCUUCUGUCUCGGCGUCGUCAUCAACUCGACGCUCAUCUUCCUCAUCAAAACCAAGUCGAGGAAGGAACUCGGCGUCUACCGCUACCUUAUGAUGUCAUUCGCCUUCUGCGGAAUCGGCUACUCCACUGUCGACCUCAUCACUCAACCGGUCGGUAGAUUUUUUAUCCCAAAGUGAAGUGAGCACAGCAGAUCUGGUCCAAACUUCUUUAGCAGAUGAAAAUAAUUAUCCGUUAAACAUAGGGCAAUGAGAAAUAGCUCGUCAAAAGUUCAAAAAAAAAAAGACAAAAACUGAUUUUUUUUAAUUCUCGGAUUUCCCGUUUCUAAAACAAAAUUGUUUUUUUUAAGCCUAUAAUAAACACGAGAAAGUGACCUUUUUGCUGAAUAAAUUAUAUAAAAAAACAGUUUUUUUAGCAUUUCCUAUAAAUUUUCGAAUGGCGAUUUCUCAGAAUACCUUAUAACACCUAACAGAUAAUUAAUUUUUCAUAUUUUGGAGAACUACCGCCUAGAACAACCUCCUACAGAAGUUCGCUGCGUUGUUUUCUCUUUAAGCUUCUAAACUAGUGUUUCGCAUAACGUAUAACCCUACAAGUUUAUGAUAUUUUCCUGGAACAAAAAAAUCAGAAAGUAGUAUGUAUUUUAUAGAGUUUUAAUUAAAUUUCAGAAAAUGAACUUUUCAAAGCUGCUCUAGAACUUGAAUUAUAUUAGUAAUCCUUUCUUUGCGUAGUUUUUCAAAAAAGCUGUCUCAAUUACGAAGUGCUCCAAUUGUUCCGCUUUUUUUCGUUUUGUUUGUAUCUUGAAGUAGUUGGAGAGUACCAAGAAAAGUGCACUCCCUACGUUUUGCAGUUGAUUCAAACGCACGGAACAACGUUUACGGUGCUGACUGUCUUGUCGACUUUCGAUAUUAGCAAAAGGGUUGGAGCCCUCGUUGUAGGUUGACAUAUGGCUCAUUCCAACUCGAAAAAUACGGAAUUUUUAGCUUUGUACUGCGCGUUCUUCGAAGUGACCUUAGCCUUACUUGGAGUCCACUUCGUUUAUCGCUAUUUCGCCAUUUGUCGGUAAAUUGAACAUUUAUUUGGAUUUCGGAGAUCAUUUUUGGAUUGAGGCCUAACCUCCUUCGUCUCUUCGAAGGAUUCAACAAGGCGAUCUGGGUAGCCGUUGUUCUGGGAUUCGGCCUUGACUGGUUCCUAACCACCUACUUUCUAGUUCCGGAAACUGAGAUGGCUAAUCGAUAUCUUGCGUAUAACUAUCCUAGAGAAAACUAGGAAAACGUUUGUUUUUUUUUCCAGAAACGCAAUUAUGGAGAACUACGGACUUCGCAUGGAUGAAAUCGCUUACAUUGGCCCUCUAUACUUUGUUCGACACAGUUGAAAACCUUCAUAUUUUUUUUACUUUCCAGAUAACUGAUAGCUCCGGCGAGAAGCAUUUCAACCUCAUUUCUUGUCUUGGCAUGGCAAAUUUCUUGUUCAUGGUGGUAAGAUCUCGCUUAUUUGAAAGUCCAUUGUUUGGAAAAACUUACAGUUUUUUUCUUUCGGAACAGUUUUCUUCUGCGGCAUCUCCACUUACCGCAAGAUGCAGCAACAACUCAGUAUAGUCACUCAGAGGACACGAAUUCUCCAGAAACAGCUUUUCCUCACUCUGAUUGUACAGGUGCGUGUGAUCGCAAAAGCGAUUUGAAAAAUAUGAGUUUCAGACCAUAGUGCCCAUCUUUUUUAUGUACAUCCCAAUCUUUUUUCUCUUUUUGUCGCCGCUUUUCGAGUUGGAAAUUGGCGCAAACGCAAAUUUCGUCUCAAUCUCUUUGGCCCUCUACCCAGUCCUAGAUCCUCUGGUUGCAAUUUAUUUCAUCAGCGACUAUCGGGAAGCCGUUAAAAGUCAGUGAAACGAAAAUUAGGAAAAUUUUUGAGUUUUCAGAUUUCUUCAAAAAAUGCCUGCCGAAAAAGCAUUCUUCUGGUCUGGUAUCGACCGGCCUUGUCUUGAACGCCAUUUCGUCUACAAGUUGA